UCUUCGAGUGGGUGAUGAUGGAAACGAUGGAAUCUUGCGUUCCUCCGGGUUUCAGAUUUCAUCCAACAGACGAAGAGCUCGUCGGAUAUUAUCUGAAGAAGAAGGUGGCAUCACAGAAGAUUGAUCUGGACGUCAUAAGGGACAUCGAUCUGUAUAGAAUUGAACCAUGGGACCUCCAAGAGCGGUGCCGAAUAGGAUAUGAAGAACAGAAUGAGUGGUAUUUCUUUAGCCAUAAAGAUAAGAAGUAUCCAACAGGAACAAGGACUAACAGGGCAACCAUGGCUGGAUUUUGGAAAGCAACUGGGAGGGAUAAGGCUGUGUAUGACAAGAUCAAACUCAUUGGCAUGAGGAAGACCCUUGUCUUCUACAAAGGGAGAGCCCCCAAUGGACAGAAAACCGACUGGAUCAUGCAUGAAUAUAGGCUCGAGUCUGAAGAAAAUGGUCCUCUUCAGGAAGAAGGAUGGGUAGUCUGCCGAGCAUUCAAGAAAAGAACCAAUUGCCAAACAAGAAGCAAUGAAGGAUGGGAUUCAAGUUAUUUUUAUGAUGAACCAAGUGGGGUUAGCUCCAGUGUUGAUCCAAUUGAUUAUAUUCCAAGGCAACCCCAGAAUUUCCUAUGUAAGCAAGAGAUUGAAGCAGAUAAUCUGAAUGUCUCGCGCUCCGAUCGUUUUGUACAACUUCCUCAACUUGAGAGCCCAACUCUACCACUAGUAAAGAGGCCAAGCUUGAUAUCAAUGAUGUUGCCGGAGAAUAAUAACGAAGGAGAAGAAGCAAGAAGAGGGUUCAAUAAUAGAGAGAAAGUGACGGAUUGGAGGGCCCUUGAUAAGUUUGUUGCUUCCCAAUUGAGUCAAGAAGAUAGAUAUGAUGGUGGUCAAGGAAUGUCAAGCUUUGGAGAUCAUUAUAAUUCGGAUAUGGCUUUGCUUCUAUUGCAGAGUAAUAGAGAGGAAGGAAAUAAGUUGAAUGGCUUACUUAGUUCGAACUCAGACUGUGAUAUUGGAAUUUGUGUCUUCGAUAAUUGAAGAGAAAGAAGAGGGGGGAGGGGUUGAAGAUAAAGAGGGAUUCAGUGCAGAUAUUGGAGACUGGAGGGUGUUGGUACCUUUACUCUUUCUUUUUUUUCUUUUUUUUCCAUUUUCUUUCCUCUAUUUUUUGGAUGCUUUAGAACCUAUAAGUUUGUAAAAUAUAUCGUUAUGGAUGGCCUGGAAAAAUCUCUCUCUCUCUCUC